CCUUCGAAAACUUUGCUGCUACAAAGCUCCAAACAGGAGAAGUAAAUCCAGUCAGCUUGUCGAGGCACUGGCUUGGUGUAAAAGUGCUUUCAUGAGGUAACGUUGGGCCAAAGUCAACUUUUCCUUCUUCUUUGUAAACCUGCAGCCAAGCAAUGGGCCAGAAAAUCUCAGGGAGCAUAAAGUCUGUGGAUGUGAGGGAGCCCCCCUAUAGACCUGUUAAACGAGAGCUGAGAGGCCCGGAUUUUUGCAAACCUGCGCGCUUGGACAUGUUGUUGGAUAUGCCCCCUGCCAAGCUGGAGGUCCAACAUAAACACGCGUGGAACAAUGAAGAUCGGUCUUUAAAUAUAUUUGUAAAGGAAGAUGAUAAACUAACUUUUCACAGACACCCAGUUGCCCAAAGCACAGACUGCAUCCGGGGCAAGGUUGGCUACACGAGAGGCCUGCACGUGUGGCAGAUCCACUGGCCCACGAGGCAGCGAGGAACCCACGCCGUGGUGGGUGUCUCCACGGCCGAAGCUCCUUUGCACUCGGUGGGAUACACGUCGCUGGUUGGCAGCAACAGUGAAUCGUGGGGCUGGGAUCUGGGACGCAACAAACUUUACCACAACUGUAAAAACCAACCUGGGAUUACGUAUCCUGUCUUUUUGGAACCGGACGAGUCUUUUGUACUCCCAGACUCCUUACUGGUGGUUUUGGACAUGGAUGAAGGGACGCUUAGCUUCAUGGUGGACGGACAGUAUCUUGGAGUGGCCUUCAGGGGAUUGAAAGGGAAAAAACUUUACCCCAUAGUCAGUGCAGUUUGGGGGCACUGUGAAAUUACAAUGAGAUACAUCAACGGACUUGACCCUGAACCCCUGCCUUUAAUGGACUUGUGCCGACGAUCAAUUCGUUUUGCUCUGGGCAGAGACCGCCUGCAUGACAUAGAAAUUCUACCUUUGCCUCUAUCUCUGAAAAAUUAUUUACAGUAUCAAUAAGACAUCUAGAACCCUCUGGCCUCACGUUGGACUAAAUCAAUGCAAGUGGCAGAAAAAUUGUUUACAACAAAAUAUUAAUCUUCAUGAUGGACACAUAAGUGUUAUUUAAUUUUUAAUAUAUAUUUUUUUCUGAACCAGUGAUAGCAGAUCACUGGGGGGAUUUCAAGAAUGUGAAAGCAUUGGUUUGUUCUAAAUUCCUGAGUUCUCUGUUGCCUGU